AAUUGAAGGAAUCUUUGUUUUGUGAAAUUAAUUGGGUCCAGCGGAUUGGUACUAUGUCUUCCUGUCCUCCAGCGGCUUCCUUUUUUGGUUUUAUCGGUGCAGCAAGUGCUCUUGUGUUUUCAAAUUUAGGUGCAGCGUAUGGCACAGCUAAGAGUGGCGUUGGUGUUGCUUCGAUGGGAGUGAUGCGACCCGAACUGGUUAUGCGAUCAAUAAUUCCAGUAGUAAUGGCUGGCGUACUUGGCAUAUAUGGCCUCAUCGUUGCAGUAAUUUUGGUUGGACAAAUUGCUGAAACGAACUAUCCUUACUUUCUUGGUUUUGCACAUCUUGCUUCUGGAUUAGCGAACGGUCUCAGUGGUCUCGCAGCUGGAAUUUGCAUAGGAAUAGUUGGCGACGCAGGAGUUCGAGCUACAGCUCAACAGCCAAAAUUAUUUGUUGGAAUGAUCCUUAUCCUCAUUUUCGCCGAGGCUCUUGCUCUUUAUGGCUUGAUCGUGGCACUCAUAUUAAGUGGGAAGACCAGCUCUGCAGGGUGCUAGGAAUAUAUGGUUUCUUCUCUUGUUAUUUUCUGGUUGUCAAAGGAUACAUUGUUUAAAUAAACGAAUAUAUCGUCCGAUUUCUUAGUCGCACACAAUACCGUUGUGUGAAAAAGAAAUAUAAACGGCCCCUUCCGUCA